AUGGCGCUCUUCUGUUCAAGUAAGUUACAGCUCAGUACAUCGUUUUAAACCUCAUUGUAAGAACGAUCGAUUGCAAAAUUUUGUUAUUUUCCAAGUGUUUUGAUAGUUGUUUUCGACUGGUGUUACAGAUUGUACUUAUAUCUGACACUGCAAGCUGAUAAGCUAACUAAUGUUGUUGUCAUUUGCGUUCGAACGUCGCGUGUUCGUUGUUAGCGGUUUUAUAAUCGAUCAAGGAUCGAGUGUCAAUUGUUAAUUUUGCUGAGAGUGUUACGUAUUAAAUGGCAUAAUAUCUAGGCCAUUUGAUCCCUUUCAGUUUGUUCCAUCGUAGAAAAUACUGUCAGACAGUGUCAGCAGGGCCCGAAAUUGACUUACAUAUUUUUUCACGUGGACUCCAAUGGGCGAUCGACCAAACUGAAAAUUUUUCUCUAGAUUCUCAUAUGGAUGGUCAGUUUUGACUCAGAGACAAGCCAAUUUUAAAAGAAAUUAUUGGACCUUUCAAAAUAUUGCUAAGGUUUAAGUUUUGAACUCUAAUACAAGGCCUAAUUAAUUCUGUUAGGCUAAGUUGACAAGGCAAGGUUAGCUCUUAUAAGUGGUAUUUCAGCAACUGGGCUCAGUUAACUACUAGAUCUAGUUUUUUAUUUGACAGCAUAAAACAAACUAAAACACUUCAUCAAUAGAGUUGCUUUGGUUGACAGAAAGGCAACAACUGCAAUCAAUUUGUAGCCAUACAAGUGUUAAUGUAUGUUACUUGUGCAUUCGUUGAUCUCUUGUCAGCAUCUCAAGACUAUGAUGCUGUUAUAGUGUUUUGGUAAGAUUUUCAAACAUGGAACCCCAAUUGAUUUUUUGAGUUAGUCUAUUGUUUCCAGCAUUUGUUACUGUUUGGAAUAAUAUGUGUGUUGUAUGGUUUAAUAUGAUAAUUGCUUUAAACAUUAUAUUCUUAUAAUAUUCUUUGUAUAGUUAGCAAUGAGGUUCCAGAACACCCAUGUGUCUCACCAUCAUCUAACUGUGUGUUUGAGAGACGGCUGAUUGAAAAAUAUAUCGCUGAAAAUGGAACUGAUCCCAUCAGUGGAGAACCUGUAUCAGAGGAGCAGCUCAUUGAUAUCAAAGGUAGGAUUAUUAUAAACUGACACAUUCCUUUUAAACAAAAUUGCUUAAUUAAAACCUGAAAACAGAUACUCUUAUGAUUGGGUAGUAGCUAUCAUUCAAUCACUUCACAACUUCACUUGUUAUUCCCUUAUUGAAUGCAUCUAUUUCUGUCCUUGGAUACAAUCAUGCUUUUUUUUUGCACAUUAUUUUGUAUAUCAUAGACAACAUUCCUUAAGAGUCCUGUUAAUAUGAAGAGACUAACCUUCACACAGUCUUUAUACUACACAGAGAAGAGGCUAGGUUUGAUUUUACAAGUGGUGUAAAUUGUAUUUGCAUCUGUUGUGGUUCAAUUUUGUAUUUUCCGUUGGGCUUGGGUUCGACAUUGUAGAAAAAUGAACAUAUUAAAAAGGAAAAUGAAAGUUGAUGUAAGAGUUGAAUUAAACAAUGACAUACUUGGCCUUGUUUUUCAUUCCAUUUUGUUCACAGAAACAUUUGGUGUGAUCUCAGUAAUAUCAUUUCUUCCCUUUUAAUCCCUAACAUCAGUGCAUAUUGUGCACACAUUUCAAACGGUAUUGAUAAAAAGAAAUUAGGUCAUUCAACUAUCAAGUUAUUUUUUUACUUUUGCUAGUGAUCGUUUUCAUUAUUCCCUUGACCUUUGAAGCAUUAAGUAGAAAUAUAAUUAUAUGUUGAUCACUAAAUAAUUGGUUCGGUGGUAAAGGUUGAAUCCUUUUUUCCCCUUUCAGUGAACCCUCUGGUAAAACCAAGGCCUCCUUCAGCCACCAGUAUCCCAGCAAUCUUGAAAGCUCUACAGGAUGAAUGGGUAGGUACAGAUGUUUACAGAUGUGGUUACUGUUAAGCCAGGAAAUCAGCCUGUUUCGUGCACUGUUAUAAUAUAUAUUGUUUGAUGGUAUUAGUAUUGGUUACAAUCAUGACCAUUUUUAACUAUAAGGUAAGAGAUGAUGCAAAGUUAUUUAACUGUAGCUGAUCUCUAACCUUGCUGUCAUUUAAAUUGUGAUAAGUUGGACAUGAUCAUUGUUUCACCAACAGUGUUUGAAAUGGUGAUAACAUAUGUUUGGAUUUUAUCAUGAAACUAUUAUGCAAUAUUUUAGGUAUUGCCUAAAAGCAGUUGAAGGAACAAAAGAAUACAGAAAAUCUCCAACUUGUUCUUAAAGUGGUUCCAUAUCUUCCCAUCAUGUAGCUUGUCUGUAGUGUAGUUUGAGGGCUAUUGUACCUGAUUGUACUUGAUUAUUUGUAUUCCUCAGGAUGCCUGCAUGUUGCACAGUUUUACUUUGAGACAACAGCUUCAAACAGCCAGACAAGGUUAGUUAUUUAAGUUUAAUGCUGCUUUAAUCCGAAUCAGAUUUGUUUUGUAAUGUCUUUCUCGCUUUAUAAUACUUAUUCAUAAAUUGCCACGUUAAUGAAACUGCACACUGGGCCAAAGAUUCAUUGAUAAAGGUCUUGCACAGUUCAGUAUUGUCUUUGUAAGAGUUCAAGGUCAUUUCCCUAGCGACCAAUUGCACAUAAUUUUUAGCCAUGUCUAUAUUAUGAGAGCUCAUUGUUGUAAGCGACCAGCUCUAGGUAUGACCACGUUUUCAAAUUUCCGAGGUGGUCGCUUACAAGAGCUUCAACUGUAAUCUACAUUUGGUUAGUUGUACCUAACUGUACAAUAAUAUUGCUCUCUUUGUUUCAGAGUUGUCUCACGCACUAUACCAGCAUGAUGCUGCUUGUCGUGUUAUUGCUCGUUUGACUAAGGAAGUUACUGCUGCCCGUGAAGGUACUUUACCUUUAUUAUAAUAAUGUUAUUUAAAUUCAGAUAGUAUUCACCAUGUUCUAACGAGUGAAAAACUGGGUAUGAUAUGCAACUGCAAAGUUGCUUGGGAUGCAUGGUUUUUAGGUGCAGCAUGAAGGUCAACAAACAUGAUGCACUACAACUGCUGUAUUCCAAAAUGAGAUAACAGUUUCAGAAAUGCAACUGUUCUUCACUAUUACAGAAUUCCUAAAGACUCUGAUCACCAGGUAUGUCAUUUUCAGACAGAAUAACCUUGUCCCUCUAAGCAAUCCCUAGAGUUUUUGCAGUGAUAAGUCAAACCAGUUUGCUGCUCAUUUAGAAUGUGGCCAAUUGGUGCAUCAAUGAAAAUAAAUAUCGAAUCUGAAUCAAGUUUUUCUUUAACACCAGCUUUGGCCACGCUCAAACCUCAGGCAGGUAUGGCUGUCAGUGUUCCCGCAGCUACACCAGUACAGGUAGGAAGUGCUUACUUACUACUAACAGAAACCUUUGUACCAAGCAUUAACCUGAACUGUCAAGUAAAGCAGGGCAAGCUGUUUGAUCAUGAAUAUGUUGGUCCUCUGAAGCUACAGAAAAGUUUUAGCCAUGGAAAUUCUUCUACUGUAUAUUUUAGGGUUAUAACGGCAGUAUUUCCUCAAUUCAGCCCUCUGGGUACCCUCUGCUCUUGCUAGACUGUAGGUUUAUUAGAAAAAAAUACGUUCAUGUUCUCAGUUUUUGAAAUUCAUAGCAAAAUGAUUGUUAUCACCUCUAUUCAUAUUUUGUGACUGCUAGAAUAAGUCAUUAUGUGCCCAGCAAUGUUUUUUUUUAAACAAAAUUUUAAUGUAUGCACAACUAAACAGUCUAGGUUGUCAACAUUCAACUCUCAUGAGUUUGAUUCAUUAAUUUCACUUCUAAAUUAAGCUGUUAUAAUUUUUGUGUACCCUAGACUGGGAGCUUAAUAUAAGGGCACUUAGGCUGGAGCUAAAUAGAAGAGAACCGAGCUUUGAAGUUACAAGAGAGAAAUAGAGUGACAUUUUUCUUUGGUGAGACUGUAGACAUGAAGCUUGGUGUCCAAGUUAUUAACUAGUUGGAUUUCUUGGCUUUUUUGUAGAUGGAAGAGGCAAUGGAGGUUGCUGGACAGGUACAUGUACAUGUCUUUUUUUACAAAUAGUCUUUAGAGCUUCUUUUCUUAAAAGAGGUUAUUUAUAUAACUUUCUUUAGUGUCUUCAUGAUUUUUGCUCUCCAGUUUUAAAAGCAUUUUCACAAAAUAAUGGUGUUCGACUGUGUCUUUAGAUGGUAAUUAUUGUUCAUGUCACUCUUUUUUAGCCUGGAGAAGAAGAGGGAAUGACAGAGGAAGUUUUGCAGAAGGUAUGUUUGCUUGACAUAUUUCUUUAGAAUUUCAGCUAAGGUUUUUUUCUUUUGGAUGUUAAUUUUGUCUCCAUUUUUUUGUCAUUUUUCUCUUGAUAUUUACAAAUUAAUGUCAAACUAUUGUUGCUGUUUUUUUUUUCAAAUCUACAGCUGCAAGAUAAGGCUACUCUUCUCACUGCUGAACGUAAGAAGGUAAGUGCCACAUUGAGAGUUAAUAAAAAAGCUUUGCCUUCUGUCAUGCUUGUGUGAAUCCCUCUUGGAAAGAAAAUCUGGUAUCCUAUGGAUGUGAGAAAUAAUGACUUACAAUCACUGUCUGCAUUGACAGUUUCAUGUAAGCUGGUGGGAAAUAUUGCUUCGGACCGACUGAUUCCUUCCCCCAACCCCACCUUGAAUGGAUUACCAAAGUUUCUUUAACUAGCAAGGCUGUGUUCUAAAAAAACUGAAACCUGUAAAAUCUAGGGUGCCCAGCAUAUGAUUUUUAUGAAAAACCUGAGAUUUUCUAGUUGCCUGGGAGCAAAAGUUAGACCCCAGUGGCCACUGGGUACUGCUAGAGCACAGCCUUGACAGGAAAUCAGUUUAGGUGCUGCACAGGUUAAGGUUGGAAGGAAGGCUCCACAUGUCUGUCUCAAAGCAGGGCUGUCUUGAAGGGCUGGGGUCAGGGAUUUUGCGUAGAUAUUAGCAAUGUAAACCCAAGCCAGUUGGUUGAAAACACUCAUCUUGGCCUACUAAAAACUUUAGUGACAGCCAAAUAGCUUUAAGUGGUCUGCUUUGGUAGCUAGGAAAUAUAAUUUUGAAAAAGGGAAAUUCAAGACAUGUAGCAUCACACUUUUUGUAGCCACGAGUUCAAGAUCUUAACGGAACCUCUAAUGAAAUGUGUUUUAAUGUUGUUUCCUUGUAGAGAGGCAAGAAGGUUCCAGAGGACUUGAGUACAGUGGAUGAGAUAAGAUCUUACAAACCCAUCUCCUCACAUGCAGUAAGUUAAAAACAAAAUCCUCCCAAUCCAAACAUUGCUGAUGAAUCACUCAGCAAUUUUAACAUAUAAACCCUACAGCACCAAAUAUCAAAAUAGAUGUUCUCCUUUCUUGUCUCAUCUGCUUACAGUAGUAAUGGGACAAAUGUGUCCAGUUAACGUGAGAUUUGAUACUGGGUGAUCAUAUCCUUAAUUCUCAUUACAUCCCUGAUUGAUUAAACAAUUUUAUUACAAGGAGAAAUUUGGCAAUUAUCAGUAUUGGGACUUACAGGAUUUAAUGUCUUCUGCUUCUUACAAUAACAUUGAUUUUUCUUAAGGUGAGUGUUGAGCAACUAUCAGCAUUAGUUAGAGGCAUUUUACCAAAAUAAUUGCUUUUUAAAAUUUAGGGUCUUCACAGUGCAAGUAAUCCUGGAAUCUUGGCAUUGGAUUUGUUCGCUGCAGAUACGUCCAGAGUUAUCACAGGUUUGUUAUUAAUUGUACAAAUUUAUUUUAAAUGAUUGUUAUGACACUUUUAUGAUGUAAAUGAAUGUUCUGGGUAAUUUAAGGUGGUGGAUAGCAGCAAGGAAAGAUUAGGAAGGGUACAUUAUCUCUGCGGAGUUAAUUUUCUAUUCUAUCAUCUGUUUCACAUUGCCACGGAGCUCAACAUUACUGGUAUAUAAUGCUAAGGAGAGGUUUCCACCUAACGGAAGUUAUUUACUAGGGAUGUCCACAUAGAGGUUGUAUAUAAGGUGUCAAUUACAUUAGUGGAGUGUAUGUUCUUUUUAAGUGGUUUAUAACAAUUGCUUUCUCCUUUCCCUAGGUGGUCUUGACAAAAAUGCUGUGGUAUUUUACCGUGACACAGAACAGGUAAGGUAGCUGUAUUAAGAUUAUUUACUGGGUAACAAAGUUUUUCGUUUUGACUUUGUUGUUGCUUUGCCAUGCAACUUGUUUGAGGUUCAUAGACAGGUAGCAUAUUUUUUUAUAGUUCUUCUGUGUUUACUCUUUCUUUCAUGGGAAAGAUUGAUUAAUUUGAUUGUUUUGUAAUCUAGGUUAUUGCAACUCUCAAAGGACACUCCAAGAAAGUUACAAAUGUUUUAUAUCAUCCACAUGAGGUAUACUUUUCAUUACCAUCAUUAAUUAAAAUUGUUCCCUUUAAAAAAUCAAUUUGAUUUAUUUGUAAAUUGUAGGAUGCUCCACCACAUCAAAUUUCAGCCUAAUCAUUUUACUUCACAUAGACCCUUUAUUGGCAUCAAGACUAAACUGGAGGCAAAGAAUUAAGCCUUUAAAAGACAAUCACUUUGUUAAGUUCUUUUAUAACAGUACUGAAGACCUCUGGUCUAUAGGUAACCAUGUUACUUGUCGUGGUAAAUGGUUUGAGUUAGGGGAUCAGGAAAAUGACCUUGUUUUCAUAAGUGAAUUGUUUGAAUGCUACUUUUCAGGACCUUGGAUUCACGGGAUCAGCAGAUGCGACCAUUCGAGUGUGGUCCAUUCCACAAGCAUCUUGCUCUCACAUUAUAAAGGUUUGAAUGUUGAAAAGUUUUUACUUUUUUUCCUUUAGUCAGUCUUAACUCUUUACAAUCACCAGGUGCAAAGUUUUCCUUCUAUAUUAAACACCUCUUUUCUCUUUACCUUUGUUUUUCAGGCACAUGAUCAAGCAGUUACGGGUCUUAGUCUUCAUGCAACAGGUAACUUAAUUCUCAGCACAGUGCUUACUUUAAUGCUAAUACUGUCUUUGAUACUGUAUUCUUAUAAGUCUGCUUGCACCAGAUCCUCAAUCGGUACACCUGCAAGAAGUCCCAACUGACCUAUCUUUUCCUUCCAAAUUGUGUUCUGUUUGCUUAUGAAACAAAAGAAGAAUUUUAUAUGAAAUUACCUCAUAAGCACCCGUUAUUUAGGUGAUCAUUUUCUACAUUCUUAUAUGGUAAGAAUGUUUAUUAAACUGGUAGCAGUAUAAAGUGAAAUGAGAAUCUCAUCACUACUACCAGUAGAUCUUUUUCUUUGAAGUUGUUAUCGUAACCAUAAGCUGAUAUAUUUUGUUGUUAACUUGGUUUGUCAGGUGACUACCUUCUUAGCUGUUCUGGUGAUCAAUACUGGGCAUUCUCUGAUCUCAGAACUGGACACGUCCUCACAAGAUGUCUCUCAGAUCCUAACAUCAAUCAAGGUAACUAAGAAAUACAAAUUUGUCCUGAAAUUUGCUCAAUAUCAAAAAUGAGAAAGACAUUAAUACUUGUCAUGCUGCAAGCAUAAGGCAAAGAAGAAUAAUUAUUUCUGAGUCCCUGACAGGAUUUGAAUCCAUUGCCUUACAUUUAAACGAAGAAUACCAUUUGGGUUCUCCUACCUCUAAGCUUAAGUUGUCCCCUGUAUCCCUGUAAGGAUGGUCAACCCAUGGUCCAAACUAUUUGAGGUUCCUGACUCUCACUUACACUGUAUGCAUGAAGGUGCUACUUUUAUUUAGAUUAGCCAACGAUUUGAAGCUUUGCGCUAGAUUUUAUGGCUUUCUCCCUAAUACAUUGGUAAUUUCAGGAAAAUGUCUAUGGUUUCAACCAAAGUCUGACAACUGAGAGCAGUUAGGAGAACAAGUUGCUACUUACAUCAUUAAUAAAUUGAUAUUAGACCUUACAAUUUGUUUUCCUUAAAUGCUUGACCAAUCAUGUGCCUUGGUGUCUAAAGUAUGAAAUGUUCACAGUACAAGUGAAAAUAUGUUCUUUUGAGCCUUAUCAACUGAAGUCACAGGAUUAUCAAAAGUAGCCGGCUGCCGGCGAAAAUCGCCGCCUACUUGGUUAGUAUCGGCCGGCUACUCUGCUUGGCAUUUCUUUAUGGAUGAUGUUUUUAAAAUAGAAUAUCCCUGGACUGGCUGCUUAUUUUGACAACUCAGCCAUCUACUUCGGAACUUUCUGACCACCCUGAGUCAUUUUCUUGCUUCAUGAAGCUGAGGCAAUAGCUUAUAAUUGGAAAUUUCAGAACAUUUUUUUCAAAAAAUGAAAAUCAUAACACCCUAAAAUCAAGGACAACAGUGUGGAAGUUAGAAAGAAGCCAGACUGGCCAACGAUGAAAACUCUGCAGUACACCAAAUAAAUCACAUUAAAUCUGAACCAGUCUCUAAUUCUUUGUUGCCAUACUUGCAGGCCUUACUUGUGCCCAGUUUCAUCCUGAUGGUCUUAUUUUUGGAACUGGAACAGCAGACAGGUUUGUGAAGUCUGUGUUGUUGUCUGGCAACCAUAUAAUUCUGUCUUACUAUCAAUACUAUAUUUUAAAUACUCCUUCCUGAAUUGCUGAAAAACUCUUUUAAGUUCAAAAACAAUUUUCCAGGGUCUGGAAAACUCCUUGAAAAUAUUCUCUUUUCCAGCUAGUCUUGGAACUAUUGUAUUCGAUAUGUAACAGGUCAAAUUAGAUUUCAGGCCCCAGUUGUUCAAAAAGUGGAUAAGGCUAUCCACUGGAUAAAUCACUAUCCGCUGUAUAGCACAAUAAUUGGUUUCCCUAACACUUAUCCGUUGGAUAGUGAUUUAUGCAAUGGAUAGCGCUAUCCAACUUUUGAAUAACUGGGGCAGGUUAAAAUUUUUCAACCCAGGUCGACUCUCAAUUUCCUUUGUCCACCAGGGCUAGGGGACAAAGGAAACUAAGAAUCAACCUAAGAUAAAUCAAAAUUACCCUAACCUGAAAUCAAUUUUGACUGGUAACACUAGUGUGGGAUAGUGAUAGUGGCAAUGUGGUGGAACCUAAAAUUUUCACUUGUACUCUGGAAAACUUCUGAGUUCUAUCCUCUCAGUUGGAGAGAAAAUGAGGGAGUCAGCAAGAGGAAAGGUGGCUGGGUGCCCAACCUUUCAGAGACAAUCCAUUGUUUUAGGAUUUCUUGGUCAUCACGAUUUCCAGUCCAUGGCCAUACUUGUAAAAUUAUAAGACAACUGGUUGUCUCUAGCCAGUUGGAGAUUGUAUUCUUGUUAUGUUCUUUUUGUAUUACAGUGGAAUCCCAGUUUUACUAACCAUCAUGGGAAAAGCAAAUUGGUUUUAUUCUCAGAAGUUUGGUUUUGUUCAAAUUAUCCGGAAUUUCCAAAAACAAAUAAAGGUUCAAGAAAUGAGGACUGUUCUGUAUUUGUUUCAAAUUAUUUAAGUGUUUAGGUGGAAUGCCUGAAACAAUCAGUAUCUAGAGCAGCAAAGUGCACUUCCAUUUAAUGUGAACUUUGUACAAAGUAAGGAAAUUUCCAUUCGUAAGCACUGGGAUCAAUAAUGUUUCCAUUGUUUGUCUGCUACGUCAUUAACUUAUUUUGUGCUGAUGUUUUAGCGUGAUAAAGAUCUGGGAUCUUAAGGAAGGUGCUAAUGUCGCUAAGUUUCCUGGACAUUCAGGACCCAUUACAGAUAUUUCCUUCUCAGAAAACGGGUGAGUGUUAAGAAACACUGAAGCCUCUUUAGAAGUUGUUUCUGUUUCCUUUUAGUCAAGCAGGAGAAGCACGAGAGAUGUGCAAAGGCAACAAAACAUUAAAUUUAAUUUUCUCCCUUCUCACAUGUCUCCUGCGCUUCACCUGCUUGGCUAAAAUGUAAAGGAAAUGAUUGCUACACAGGCUUUUUGAAUGUGUGCAGCCUGAACUUUUGGAUUGUUUUAUUAAUUAUUUCCUAUUCCUACUAGAUACUACUUGGCUACUUCAGCUGAUGACUCAGUGGUUAAACUAUGGGAUUUGCGCAAACUGAAGAACUUUAAAACCAUUACAUUAGAGGACAGAUUUGAGGUAUGUUGUUGUAAGACUUACCUAAACCAACUUGUGUUCUCUGAAGUUAAGAGACAAAGUACCAAUAUCCAUUUGCUAAUAGUAUAACUGUUACACUUUCUCCAGUUACUGUUCUCAUUUUAUGGUAAUCAUCUAUGCCGUAAAUUUUCUCCUUUGUAGGUUAAGACACUGAGUUUUGAUCAGAGUGGUACCUAUCUAGCUGUUGGCGGGUCUGAAGUGCAGUAAGUCAUAGAUCUUAUCUGUCAGGAAUAAACAUAAUGAUUAAACUUGUAAUUUCUGCUGAAAGAGGAACCAGUGAAGCAGGAAUUCUUUUCUUGCACACAGCUAGAAAGUAUAGGUUUGAGUGUAUGCGUGGGGUCUUUGAAUCACGUAGUAUUCAAAGUUUAGUUUGUUUUGUUGCCAUCGGCCAUUGCCUGAGCUGUCACACCUUUCAAGUGUAUUUUCGAUUGUUUCAGCAUUUGAAAAAGUGUCAUAGAUUCCGUUUAUAUGGUAUCUAUUCACAUUUUCUUGUCAGCCAUUUUUUUGUAGCUCUUUGGCACCGUACUAGCAACUAUUUGUGGUCUUGAUAUUAAAAGUCAGGUUGCGUUGUUGGGUUGGAAUGGCUCUUAUCCCGUUGUGUAUGAGAAACUACUGUUGGUAUCAGCCUGCGAGGAUUUAAUGGUGUUUAGAAGAGUGUAAGUAUAGGAGUUAAACACCCUCAGAUUUAGUAUUGUUGACCUUUUGUUUUUGCAGGAUAUAUUUGGUUAAACAGUGGGAAAUGAUCAACUCAUUUGCAGGUAUGUGGCGCGUUUAUUACGUUUUAUGAUAUCUGUCAUUGAAGAAGUGGGAGGAAUUCUAUGCUCAGCUCCAGUUCGCACCGUAGUAAUUGAAUAUCACCUCAUGUGCUUUGAGCAAAACGAAAUGCCAAAAUGUAAUUCUUCGGACCAAUCCUUUUAUUUUUAAGGGGCUGAACUAAAUUAAUAUUCUUGCCUAAACAAACAAACAGAGUAACUAGUGGACUUUGAAAGAUAUGAGGAGUUCCAGGUUUAAUAUUAUAAACUAUUGCUUUGUUUUGCUUUUUAGGCCCAGCUCAAACGUCAAACUUUUCAUUUACCAAACCCAAUCCUUUGAAUUAAGUACAUAGGAAUUUCGACUGUGGAGCGACUUCGUUUCAAACGUCGAACUUUUCAUGUACCAAACCUACCUUAAGGCAUAAAUUACUAUAGUUAAUUUUCACUAGUAAGCAUUGUAGACCAAUGUACAUUGUGAGAAUAAAUUGAGUUCGACUAUUAGGGCGUAACAGGGCGUAAUUCCUGAUCCUCCUCAGGCGCUUCGCUUCUCGCACAGAGGCGAGUGCGAAAAGCGAGUGACACGCGAGUGACUGGUGACGAAGCGCAAAGGACCAUGGGAAGGAUAAUGACGAGAAGCGAAGCGCGUCUCGCCGGUUUUCCCCUUUCCCGCCUUCCUUUGCGCGUAAAUUUUCAUCGAGAGAGACGUCUGGGUACGAGGCGAGCAUAAUUCGAUUACCCGUACUGCCUAAUGGUUGAAAAAAGUGCAAUUUAUGCUUUGCUACAUCUGAAUCUGAGUUAUUCAAUGGUGAAACUUGUCUGUUUGUUUUCUUUCUUUAGAACACUCUGGUGUGGUGACUGGAGUAAAAUUCGGCAAGCAUGCUUCAUUCAUUGCUUCAGUUGGCCUUGAUCGCCAUCUUAAAUUCUACUCACGAUAGAAAACGACAGUGCGUGACAUCCUGAGAGUGUCUCUGUCACGCAACGUAACAGUAUUUCCGACGCCUUUACGUACAUUGUGACAACAUGGCCUACCCUGAAGAACUUAUCAUGUAGUCUUGGUAGAUAAGAAGAAUACAUAGGUCACCCGUGUCGGAACAAGUUAUGAAGAGAUUGUAGGGCGUGAUUUGCUGGCUGACAUUUCUUGGUUAGUUAAAGGUUUUUUGGUCGGGUUUGAUAACUCUUCUUUCCACUACCUCACACCGAACAGUUAUGGAUUUGUCAGUUUCCUUUUUCAUAUUUACUUUUUGCGAAAAUAAACCCAAAAAAAUGCUUUUAUAACAGCCUUGGCUUUUUUAUGAGCGUGCUCAAACGAACCAAUUGCCACUUCAUAAACUACCGAAACUGAACCGACGGAUUUUUAAUGGUUUUGUUUCACUUAUCUGACUGUCUUAUGAUUUUUGGUUGGAGCUAAACCCGGCUUUGAAAUCUGUUGUAAAAGUCUUCUUAAUGUACGUAAAUUUGUUGAAAUUUUCUUUUACUGUGUAAAAAGUCAAGAGCUUUUAGCAAUGCGUAUCAUUAGGGCAGUAACUGACCGACGUCAAAUUAUUUCAUUUCCUCUCUUUGUCUGCAAAGAUACUUUGGAAGACAAAAGUUAUCUUGUUUAUUUCGUAGAUGUAUCCAGUGCCGGAUCCAGGGGAGGGGCCCGGGGGGGCGCCACCCCCUCCCCUUAUUUUCAGUCCAAACUGAGGCCCGAAGGGCCGAAAAGAUUUUUUUUUGGAGACCGCCCCCCCUUAUCUCUAAGGUCUG